CUUGGCCCCAGGUGCAGAGAGCAGUCCCUGCCCUCAGCCUGGCAGUGGGGAGGAGAGGAGCCCACCUGGGGGUGCAGGACCUGACCAUGCCCCAGCCUGCUGCCAGCCUCUGCCCCAAAAUGGUGAGGGGCUCACAGCCCCUCUCGCUCCUGCUUCUGCUCAUCCUUGUCACCACCGUCCAGGGACAGGCUGGCACCGGCCCCAAGGAGCUGCAGCCCUGGCUCAUUGGCCUCACGGCUGUCGUUGUCUUCCUCUUCAUCGUCUUCGUGCUCCUCCUGGCCAACCGGCUCUGGCGGGUCAGGAUGCGCAGGAAGCAGAACGGCCUCCAGGAGACCCCGGGGAUCAGCAGGCUGGAGCGCACUGGCCGUGUCAACCCGGCGGCUGAGAAGGAGAGCGACGAGGAGAGCGACGGCGCGGAGCGGAGCAAAGCAAAAUCUGGAUUUUUUGGCUGUGUCGGGACCCCGCUCAGCAGUUGGUGCAGCAGGGAACAGGCAAAGGGACAGCGGGAGGGGACAUUGUCCUGCGGGACUCGGCCCGUUCCCUGCGGCACCGGCCGGACCCCCGAAGAUGAAGCCGAUGGGGAUGGAGCUGUGCCCGGAUGCCUGGGUUCCCCCGACCACUACGCGGGGGAUGGAGCUCUGACCCGGGGGGGGAGCGGGGAAGGGGAAAAAAAAAAAAAAAAGGAAAACAAAUAAAAAGAAUAGAAAAGAAAAAGAAGAGAGAGAGGCAAAGCAAAGGGGGGGGCGCGACCCCCCCGGCCCCCCCGAGCGGCUAUUGCAUAUUCCGAUGUGUUGGCGCAGAGGAUGCGUCGCUAUUACCAACUGGAAGACGUUUCCGAAAGGGGGGGGGAAAAUCUCUUAAAAAAUAGCAAUAAUAAAAAUAAUAAUAAUCAUCAUUGAGAGAAAAGGGACUUUUCCGGCCGAGAAGAAGCCAUGCAGGAGGCGAGGGGGGGGCGGCCGCCCCCGGCCCCCCCGGCCCCCCGGGAGCCCCGGGCAUGCAGCGACUCCCUCGCACUGAUAUCGGGUCCGGUAAUACUUAGUCUCCGAAGGCAAAGGCACAUCAUGUGGUAGAAAAUUUCGUGCAAAUUAGGAAAACAUGAAUUAUUUUUUUCUUUUCUUUUUUUUUUUACGGCUUUUUUUUUUCCUUUUCUACAGAUUUUUUCCUUUUUUUUUUUCCUUUUUUUUUUUGUUUGAUUUUUUUUUUUUGUCGGUCAUUUUUUUUUGUUUGUUUCUCUGUUGCUGAAGGGGGGGAAGGUCGAGCCGGUUAAUACAGUCUGCCAUGCACAGCAUCAGCCAGCCGCGGCUGGGUUGAGCCAGGUCACCAGAUCCUGUUAAAGCACCA